AACAACCCUCUACAAUCACACAAUCCUCUACAAUCACACAAUCCUCUACAAUCACACAACCCUCUACACUCACACAAUCUUCUACACUCGCACCAGCCUCAUCUUCACGCCUGUUCUGACAAGCAAGCUCUUUAUGCUGUGCUACAUAAAAAACACAUACACACAUAUAUACACAUACACACAACACAUAUAUACACACAUAUAUACACAACACAUAUAUACAGCCGCGUACGCGACAGCAGCGCCUGGCGAUCGGCUCCCUCGCGCCUUCUCCCUCCCCCACUCCACUCGAGCCGGCUCCGAGGGCCUCGCCCGGCCCCGAGGGCCUCACCCGGCCCUUGGCACGCUAGGCCGGACGCCCUGGAAAGAGGCACCCGCGCGCGGCGCGCUGCUGUCUCUCAAUAGCAAAGGAAGCGACGAUGUCGUUCCGAACGGGCAGCCCUCCCAGGUCAUGUGACACCUUCGUGGCGUUGCCGCCAGCGACGGCCGGCGGCCACGUGGUCUUCGGCAAGAACUCUGACCGGCCGAGCGACGAGGUGCAGGAGGUGGCGGUGCUGCCCGGAGCCACUCACCCACCGGGCACCAAGCUGCAGUGCACCUACAUCGAGAUCGAGCAGGCGGAGAUCACGCUGCCCGUGGCGCUGAGCAAGCCGGCGUGGAUGUGGGGCGCCGAGAUGGGCGCCAACGACCGCGGGGUGUGCGUGGGCAACGAGGCCGUGUGGACCAACGAGCCCAUCGACGACAAGGAGGCACUGCUGGGCAUGGACUUAGUGCGGCUGGCGCUGGAGCGGGGCGGCACGGCGCGCGAGGCGCUCGACGUGAUCACGUCGCUGCUCGCGCGCUAUGGCCAGGGCGGGAACUGCAUGGAGAGCACGAGCAGCUUCACGUACCACAACAGCUUCCUCAUCGCCGACCGCUCCGAGGCCUGGGUGCUGGAAACGGCCGGCGAGUACUGGGCGGCCGAGCAAGUCACAGAGGGCACGCGCAACAUCUCCAACGGGCUGAGCAUCGGCUCGCGCGUAUCGCUGGAGCACCCCAAGCUGCGUUCCCACGCGCGCGAUGCCGGCUGGUGGGACGGCCGCUCGAGCUUCGGCUUCGCGGGGACGUACGAGGAGGGCGGCGGCAGCGGCGGAGGCCGCUUCUCGGCCGGCAAGCGCCUGCUCGCCAAGCACGCAGGGUCCCUGUCGGCACAGGACAUGAUGUCGAUCCUGCGUGACAAGGAGAGCGGGAUCUGUGCGCAGGGCGCCUUCCUCACGACGGGCAGCAUGGUGUCCAUCCUCCCGCAGAACCCCGCCCUGCCCUGCAUCCACUUCCUGACCGCCACUCCCGACCCUUCCAGGUCGAUCUUCAAGCCGUUUGUGUUCGUCGAGGGGGUCAAGCCCGUCGGCAAGGUGGUUUCGCCGGACCUGGGCGCCGACGACCCGGCGAGGGUGGUGCCGCGCUUCCGCAGCAAACCGGACCGGCGGCACGAGCUGUACCGCGCGCACCAGCAGGCGUGGGAACAAGCCGGCGACAGCGGCACGGAGCGCGGCGUGCGACUGCUGGAGACGAUGAUGGGGCUGGAGCGCCAGGGCAUCGCCGCCAUGGAGGAGGUGGUGUCUGGACGUCGUGCGUUUGUGGCGUCCGAGAUGGUUGACCUCUUUUACGACUGCGUCGACACAGAAAUGAAGUUCUACAAGUGAACGACGCACACGUACACGCGCGCCGCGCCACCAGGAGGCGCGCAUGGCGUGCAACACGAGCGUGUCGGCAUCGUGGAAUUGAACUUUCAUUUGAAGAAAUGCCGUUGUGUCUUCAGUAGGGCAUGCAACGACGUAUCGAUUUGAUUUAAAUUGAUUAUAAUUAUCACGAUGUGAGCAUCGAAGCUUGCAUGCAAAUGAUUAUUUCCGACUUGCAUAAAUGAUAUGCGAAUGUGGUGAACAAUAUCAUGCCGAGACAAAUUAGAGAAUCGUUACAGACAAAAUUAGAAGAAAGAAAUCCCUAUACUCGCAACCCUGAAUAUUCAAAAUUUCAAAUCGCCGGGGUUGGGGUAUGUGGUGGUUUGGUUGCAUGCCUCGUGUUUAGGACUGUUAGUUGUUUUGCGCUCACGCUUAAACUGUUAGAAGGGUUAUAUAUGGAAUACUGAAAGAGUUGACAGUUUCAGACAGUGCAAUGGUUUGGACUGUUAGUCUAAUUUAAUACGUUUUACCGGAUUAUGGAUGGUGUACUAGACUGAUUCAACCAGUUGAAUAGUUGAGGUUGAAGCUGCAUAAUAGAUUUACUUACAUUUCUUCUCAUCUCCUUGAGUAGUUCCAAAGGGCAUGGCGCACUAAAGUAAGUUGAGCUAUCAUCGGCAGCGAUUGUUACUGGCAAAGAUUGUUCGCAAUAAUUUUGUUUUUCCAAAAUAUCAACAGUUUUCUUCACCGCUUCCGUUCGUGGUAAACUGGGAUGGCAAUGUCCAUUCCGAUCACAGACACAGGUCACAUGAUUGCCCGAGGUUGUGUGCUGUGCAGAUCAAUCAUUGCUCAUCUAAAACACGCUUUUCACACUUUUUUUUCAUUGGCUAGGCAACUUCAUCACCACGCCAGCACCUUGCCAAGUUGCCAACGUCUGCUCACAGUAAAUGCAUUGCUGGUGACAUUUGCCAACCAAACGGUUGCCAUAAAAUUACCCUAGUUCCUCAUGGCUUUAGGGCUCAAGCAUAUUAAUGGUUGCCAUUUAGUCUGAGUCGGACACACAGGUCAAUAAAAAGCACUCUUACGGCGGGUAAAGCCGAUCGCUGCGUGGUUUUACAAAGUUGUGCCGCGUGCUCUACGUUUCUUUGCACAAGUUGAGUUUGUGUGCCCCUCUUCGCGAGCUUCUGGGAGUUUCUGCGAGUUGCUGCUCUUCCCUUGUGCAGCUCAAGCACCUUGAAUAAAGCCGCAAUCGAAGAUCGCUCCGACA